AAAAAGGCCGCUGAAUUGGAAUUACAUAUGAAGAAAUCUUUGUCACAUCAUAGGAAGAACAUUUAAAUGAAGUGAGAAAACUGAAAUUAGAAGUUAACACAAUACCGGAAGCAAGAACACAAUUGCAAAUACUGAGGUUUAGCUUGGAGAACUUUGAUCAUAUUAAUAAAACCACCAAACCUAUGGCAAAUCAAUUGAAAAAGACUAAAGUAAAUAUAAUAAUUUCAAUAAUCAGAGACAGCAUCAGUACAUCAAUAAAUGUUCCAGAAGAAACUGUUUAAAUAACCGUCUAGUUGGGAUUAAUAAAUGAAUGAAAACAGAACAGGUUAUGUAGUGGUUAUCUUUAAUAACCACUGAACUCCAUGAUGCCGUCAAAACUAUUCCCACCGGCAGAGCUCCAGGACCUAAACAUUUCCUGCAGAAUCCCACAGAAAUAUUCUGACACUGCUGUUCUCAACCGUCCAACGGACGAUCACAGAAAUUCUGCGUAGCCAGUAAAAGCAUUAAAGUUGAAAACUUAUGAUGACAUGAUCCACUUCCUCAUCUGACAUGAACCCAGUUGAGAACGUGUUGGAAGUUCCUAAACGGGAGACAGUACAACUCUAGUCGGUCUUUAACAGAUCAAGAAACAGAAACUCCAUGAAUGGUAAGUUUAACACCGUUAUUGAAAAGAAGCAUGGCUAUAUUGGUCACAUUUGUUUGUUUUUUCGAAUGUCAGAAAUGUUUAUUUGAACAUUUUUGCGUUGUCUGUUUAAAAAUCUCACAAAAGAAAUUUUAAAAAGUGAAAUUGGAUAACAUGUAUGUUUUAUGUAAUUGCACAACAAUUGUGUACACAAGAUAAGUAAAAGUCUUUAGGAGGUUUGACCUAAAACCAACAGAAAACUCUACCUUUUUGGAUCAAAAGGUCAUUUUUGAGGGUUUUUGACAUUUUACCAGCUUUGGUAAACUUCUCUUAGCUAUUCUGAGGUAUCGUCUUAAAGCAUGGCAUAUUAAAAUUUCUAGUAGUUAUGGUGUCAUGUGGGAUGUGGGUGUUUGGAGCGGGGUUUGUGUGGGUGUGUUGUUACUGGGUUUUUGGGGGCGGAGCUCUCAUGAGGGUGUCCCCCUCUGGGUGGGAUUGGUGACGUCUGCGUUAGGGAGCAUGUGCUCGAUGUUUGUGUGUUGGUUGGGGGUGACCCGGUACUCACCCUCACUGAUACAGCUGAGUCAUCCAAGAACUUCUAUAGAUGAGCAAAGACUCAGAUAGGUCCAUGAUAUCAGGGAGGCCUGCGCCAAGUUGGCUACUAGGCUACUUUAGAUGCCCUACCCUUUGUUCUUGGGUCAUAAUAAUCAUAAUGUUCAGGCCCUUUAAGUAAGAUUUUAAAUCCAGACAGGAGUAAAAAACUCCAAGUCUGAAGACAAAGUAGCUAAGAGUUACCAUUAAUGUCUGGCCUUGGUGUUAAGGACAAAAUGCUCCAAGACAGAGAGAAAUUAUAAUGUGUUUUGUUUCUUACAAAAAAGGAGAAAGAAAUAAACGUUAACAGACAGAAAUAAAUCAUAUGACAUGUAUUACUGUCUCUCUUGUUCUUUCUUAUUAUUUGGGAUUCAUUGACAGGGUACAUGCCCGGUACUUCUGUAGAGUUUAUCAGGGCCAGAAGUCCCGAAAGUGAUUCACACUACAUUCAGUCAUUCACCCAUUCACUCAUACAUUUUUUUUUCCUGUGCAUUGUUAAGUGUCGCAUCAGAAAAAGGUUCAUGGAAGAUGCAAACUCAAAAUAACUUCCUGAAUUUUGCAAAAACGUUUUUACAUUAAAAAAAAAAAAAAAAGAGUUAAUGUGCUAAAGCGGAGAUGUAAACACAAUUGCCGAAUCAGUUUUCACUUAAACUUCCAGGGUCCAAACCUCCAGCACAGCGUCGGUCCGGAGUGGCCGACCAGAGGCAGUCCAGCCUGGGAGGGGAGUGGUGGGACACCAAACCAAAUCGGAGGAGAGGAGUCUCUCCACUUUUCUGAGACAUGUGCUCCUUGCUACUUUGCAUCAACAUCUAAUGAAAUUUUGCUUUGUGCAGUCUGGUUGAUUCACUCCAAACCACUAGAAUGGAAACACGCCUAAUCUGCAUUUUCUGUUUUAUCUUUCUUGCAACAUUUUGAAUAUUUUCUCAAAAUUCGCUUGACAAUUGGAUGGAAACACGCUAGUCACAUGUUAAUGGCGGUAAGCUACUACACAUUAGCUACAGCUGACCUUGGUCAGUUUGAUAGAAAUCAGGCUGCCAUGUGUCUGCUAUGUAAGAUACAAUAAUUUAGGUCCAGACUGUCGUGAUCCUGCAGCGUGGGUGUUCUGAGUUGUGUGAGUGUGAGUCAUCUGCUCCCUAGAGGAUCUCUGUGGCAGUGCGUGGGAAUCUGGCAGCCAGCACACCUGGGCGGCAUUUCCAAUCAAGCUGCCAGCAGCAUUUAAGGAGCAGCGGAGCCUUCAGGGUCUGAUGAUUAACCAACACUGGUUCUGAUGAAUUCCUAAUGGUUCCUCACUUUGGAGAAUUUUCUGAGAAACAAGACAUCUUAUGGAUCUUCAACGAAUGGCACGAUCACUUGACGCUGCUCCCGACAACGCUCACGCCUGCCUGCCUGCCUACUCGCUCCCUGCUGGACGUAAACCUUCGGGUUCCUCAGCUUUAACUGAUCACCAGCAGGAUCCCAGCCCAUAGACCAAACUUCAACCUCCUAUAACGCUUUGCUGCAGGAUGAAGAUUGAUACCAACCUGACCAUUCCUCAGCUCCCUGAGGCCCCCUCCCAAGCUGGUCUUCAGUUUGCUAUUGCCACUGAGGAGGACUUUGAUGAAAUUAUGGCAAUGAGCAAGGACAUCUAUGGCGGUCUGGACUACCUUCCCACCAGAUACAGCAGCUGGCUCCAGGAAUCCAACCGCACAGUCAUUCUGGCACGCAAAGAGGAAAAAGUGAUUGCUCUGGAAUCAGUGUGUGUGAUUGAUGACGGGGAGACGAUGCUUGUGGAAGGUCUCCGUGUCGCUCCUCAGGAAAGGGGGAAGGGUGUAGCAGGAGUUCUGCUGCGCUUCUGCUCCGAGUUGGUCAAAUCCAAGUAUCCAGAUGUAAAAGUGACCCGCCUGACCCGUGACGAUCAGCUUGGCCCCAAGGACUUUGAAAAGUAUCGCAUCAUCACCAAGCAGGGCAUUCUGCUGGUGCGUUUCAGAGCUGAAGAACUCAAACUGCGACUUCGCGAAAUUAUUCCGAGUGCCGGCUUUCGUUCUUCACAGCAGGCCGGUCCUCCUCCUGUGCUUCUCGAUCAAACAUCUAUCCAUCAGCUCUACCUUACCACUGACUUGAUGCACGACGUGCUUCCUAAUGCCACCAUCAUUCAAGACUGGCAGCCAUUCAAGCUUCUACCGAGCAACAUUGCGAUCCUACUGAAGAAGGAAAUCGACUGGCUGGUGGAUGAUGUGUCCAAUCCGACCGUGGCCAGCCUCUGUACCUUCCCUUUCAAGGUGCCCAUUGGAGAUGAUUGGUAUUACCUGAACAUUGACAUGUUUGGUAAAGACCUGAGUUUGGCUCAGCAGCAGUUCCUGUGCCACCUUCAGCGCCACACAAACAACCUGAAGGGUCAUGUGAUGUGCCAGAUAUUCCUGGAGCCUGGUCUUUGGAGGCCCAUGACUGAUUUCUGUCAGAACACUUUAAAUGUAGAUUUGGUGAAAGAGUACACUGAGCAAUGUGUGGUGGAGUCAGAUCUGAUCUAGCAGAAGAAGUGAAACGAGGUAAAGAAGGAAGAAGGAAAGAAAGAAAAAAAAAUAGAAUUCAAAUACACUAAAAUAAAAAAAAAAUAAAAAACAUUUUUUUUGGACAGAAAGAUACUAAGAUAAAAAAAGUAUAUUUUAACAAACUUACAUUCUGAUAUAUUUUAUUCAAUGGAAAGUGAACACUUAGGGGGAUGAUUAAUGCUGCAUAGUCAAAAGAGUUUCCUGCAGGUCAAUAGCACAAAUAUUUUUGGCAGGGUUGUUCUGAACUGAACCUUGCAUAAAGUCCAAUGCAUGCAAAGUUAGAGACUUCUAGUGCUAAAUCUGAGGAAAAUUGACAUUUUCAUUGUGUCAGUAUGUUUGAAACAAAAAAAAAACCUAAAUAGUAAUCUAGUGUAAGACAAAAAUCAUAACCUUCUUAGCUUAUUAGUGUAUUUGAUGUUAGCUCAAUUUUGUACAUCCCGUUUGUUUUAAAGGGUUAAGAGGAAUGGUAAGAUUUGUUUCGCUGGUAGCAAUAAUGCAUUCUAGAAAUAGUACAAGUGUUCUUUUAUUUUUGAAGAGAUAACAGUCCCUUUACCUCAUUUUCAAACCUUCUUCUUCUUCUGCUCUUUCUGUAAAAACUGAAACUUUAUAUAUGUUUAAAGGCUGAGUUGGGGUUACUAAGUCUGCACAAGUUUAAAGGCACUUUAACAAAAACAAUGGAGGUGUUGAAUUAUAGGAAGGGAUAGUUCAGGAUCAAAUAAGAAUUACAGAUUCCCUUCAUUCCUGUAGUCGCAACAAUAACUAGGGUUAGAAAUAUCAGUUUAAAUGUGCAUUACAAUUAUGUUAAUAUGCUCUGAUAUAAAUACCUGAUAGGUUUGGGGGUCUUCUGAACUUGACAAAACGCUCUACAAGUAGAAAUCAUUUUUCAAUUUCUCUUGGGGCCAGAUGCUUCUUCCCCUUUGACUGUAAAAUAUGUAUGUAACAAAUCUAAUGUAAAAGAUUCACUUCAUUGGUACGGUGUUGUGCUAGUUAAUCUUAAAACAAACAAAAAAAAAAAAAAGUACUCCGAUCCAGCUUUAUGUAUGUCCUAAAUUCAGUUUGGCCUGCUGCACUGCAGCUGGUCCUCCUCUGUCCGGCAGCAUCACGGACGGAAAGUUUAAAAGUGUUUGUCUAUUUCUGUUAUUAGUUUUGAUGAGCCUCCAGUUAAUAUUCUCACUUGUAAAGAAAGAAUAUUAUAUUUAACAGGCGAUAAAAAGAGGGAUUAAAAAAACCGCUAAUCCAAUAAUCCCAACGUGCGUCCUUCCAGAGACGCGUCAAAACCUGACUAACGCACGCAGACUCUGAGCAGUCAGUCGGAUCAAACACUGCGCUUCUGUUAAAUGACGUCAGGCUGCGCAGUUCAUCACACACACACACAUGAAAUAUACAUAUUCUUAAGAAGUGUAUGUUUUAUUGUUCGGAUUUGGGAUUUCUCGUUUUCACUCUGAUAUUGAACUGCUCCCACUGAGAACUCUGCUCUCUUACUGACUCUAGUGCCUCUUGCACAAAUGCAUUCUGCUUUUUGAAAGAAAGCUCCACAGAUGUUUGUCCUCUAUGGAGGGGUGGAUCAACACUACCGAUACAGGCAUUUAUAUUUGUUCUGGAUCGAUACUAGUGUGGUACUAUUACUUUUUUAGUUUUGUCCUGGUUAUUAGUUGUUUUCUUUUCUUUACUUGCAGUAAGUUUAAAAGUAGACUUCCUUCCAUAAGUGCAAGCAGCCUCUCAUGUACAGCCGCAGCUGAACACACACGUCUGGGUGUUUCGACAGGAAUUUGAUCCCAAACGCGCAACCAAACCGUUCUGAAACGUUUAGCACUGACGGAGGUAAAAUCUCAUGUUUUACCUCAUUAAGCAAUGAAGCUGGUACAAAGUACCUGUUUUGGAAGCUCUGCUCUUUGUGUUUUACAUGUAAAUAAAACAUAACAUAAAGCCAUCGCAGCUUUGCUCUGUUUAGCAGCUCCCGAGUUAGGACGGAUUUUUACAUCAACUUAAAAUCCAGCGUCUUCCUGAUCUGGUGGCAGCCAGGAUUCUGGUGUCAUACCGAUUCUUGCACCAUUUUUAAAUUUUUUUUUCCCCCGGUGCUCUCGGCUGAGAUUUAAAUAGGUCAGGCUCUUCAAAUGGUAAACGUUGUGGUCAUAAUAAAACUUUACAUUGCCAGGUUUAAUCGCCACUGUUUCUUAAACAUGAGAGACUGAAUGAAAACUUUUGUAUCUCUUCCCAUUCGAUGUAUCAUUAGGGAUGGCGAUGAAGGCCUUUUAAAAUGCAUUUUUCUCAACCUUACCCGUCUGUACUUCUCUACAAACUGCAGCACUGCUGACAGAGAGGAACCCUGUUGAUUACAGCUGAAGAGCAACAUAGUGGUUUGAUUUAAAGGGGCGGUAUUAUGUCUAAAUCGACUUUUGGAGCUUUACGUCACGAUGCAGUGUCAUUCCCUCAUCAAAAACGUACCCAUAGAGUUGCUUUGAUUCUUUCAUGAAUGUUUGAGAAAUCCUUGAACUUCCCAUGGCAACCGUUCAGGUUUUUUAAGACGCCUGGGGGAACAAAAAACCGCCUUUCACGCACAGCUCCUCUCCAGAGAUGUAGCUUCCAAGCUUCUGCAUUACAGGGCACUCUGCUCCUUCAAACUAGCAGCAGCAGCAGCAAUUAGCAAACACAUCUGUUCAGCUCAUUAUAUGAACUCUUUCUCAGUUCAGUCGUCUGAUGAAUGCUUGCGAACACUUUAUAGCGUAAUGUUGACGCGCUGGAGGCAAAAGUGUGGGAAAGAGCAGGAACGUCUUAAAGAGGCAGAGGCCCAGUUACAAGACGCUGAAUUGCAAAGUCAAAUUUCUCUCGAGUCAUGUUUGAUGUAUACAGUAGUUUUAUAAUAGUGAUAGUGACAGUUACUGUGUGCCUAUAGAGAACAUAUAAUACUGCCCCUUUAGAGGUUGAACAAGUUCACAGUUUAAAAAGAAGAACUCUGAUCAGUCCAGCCAGAGAAAGACAGCAAAUUAUUAGGUGUCAACAUUGCCUCUCUUUUCCUGCAGUCAUUUACUUACACUUCUAAUAAAUCUAUUUUUAAUCAGAACAGUGGCCAACAUGAGCUGCGUUUUAGGAGAAGGUAAACGGAUUUGUUCUGCACAGUUGCCAUUAGAAGCCACUGUGGGCGGUUUUAGGAGUCAGGUCAGCUUUGGGUUGGAAAGACGGAGUGAUGAAGGUGUGAAGGUGUGUGCCUUGUCCUGCUAUUUGUUUUUUUUUUGUUUUUUGUUUUACAUGUCAGUUGUUUUUCUGCAAUUUAAAAAGGGGGCUACUCAAAGUUUUUAAAAUUGUUUAAUCUUUCUAAAAACCCAUCUUAAAUAAGCUCUGUAAGUUCAUAGUUAAUCAUAGUUACGAUUUUUGAACAUUGGUUGUUUUUUUUUUUUGAAGACAUAUAGCUGCCAUUAUUCAGGUUACCAACGGAGGUAACAUGAAGUGUGUUUUUCGGUUUGGACUCAUGAAGCUCACACCCAUUUUAUCAGCUCCAUGCACUGUAUUCACACGGUAUUUGACUAUAUUUCUUUGAGUCAAAAAAAAUCUGCAAAUUGAUUCUUAAAAUAUUAAAACAUUAUUUUACAUGUUGUUUCACCAGCAAUGGAAGAGAAAUAAAAACAAGGAGACAGCAUAUAUCUCUGUAGUGAAUUUACAAUAUUUGUUCAGACGUUCAACAUGUGAAAUGUGACAGGACCACCAUCAUGUCUCCCUUUCAUCACACAUUUCCCUGUUACCUUGGUAGAUUGUUCAAGUUCCUUCUGCAGGUGUGACUGGCAAAUGUUCUGAUAAAGCAGUUUCUGUCUCUUAGUUACCGUUGUGACUAAAACAAUUCCUAAUUGUGCUUUGCCUCCUUUUACAUCACUGCUGAAGAUGCUUAGACAAACUACCUUUUACUGAUCUGCGACACUCUCACAUCCCAUAAUAAUUUAUUUCGUUCUGGUUAAAUAAAGCAAAUUAGCAAAUCUAUCUGCAUGUCUGUGUGAAUUCUUUUCUUUUUUGAUGCCGAUCGUAAAACCAAUCAAGUAACAUGUGGUGAUGCCUGAACCAUUCAGCGGCCACGUCUUGCCAUCCGGGCGGAGGGCACCGUUGGACCAAUGAGCUUACAGAUAUUCAUUUAAAAUGGGUUUUAAACUAUUUUUUAAAAAAACCAAAACAUCUCAAGUCUAAGAAAGCCAUCAUUGUGGUGCUCUGUACAUCUUCAGUAAUCAGCUUAAAUUCAUUUCUGGUGUCAGUUCCAUGUCUCAUCGUGGUUUUUAAAAGAUAAGUGCAUGUUAGUCAAAAUAGAGGAUACUUCUCUCAGGAAGCCUUAGCCACACACUUAACCCAACCAAUAGAUGUAGAUAUAAUCACAGCUGCACAGCAGUGAGUGGAUUCUUGUCUAUUCAACUACACAUUCCAGAAGACACAGGUUUGUGUCACACACUGUGACAGCUAUGACUGUGGAGAAAGUUUGUCAAUUGAUAAACCAACAUACGGGUCAAACAGUAAGAUAGUUCCCCCAACUCCAUCACUCUGUUCUUCCAACCCUGAGCUGGCUUGACUCAUCAAAACAUCUCGUUUUCCCGACAGGUCAGACCAGAGGUAGACCACACUGCACUCUGUAGGGAGGUGUAAAUAGGAUUAUACCAACAGAGCAAAUAUCUUUACUCGUUUUUCCCGUCAGUGUGUACAUGCAUGGUUUUAAGAAUGGUGUACAUGUUUACAGUUUACAGUUCUCGUUGACUUCAGUUAGUUUCCCAUAAUCUGGGAUGAACUCCGAAUAAAACCAGCACAUUUCAAAGAACACGAAAAUGUCACAAUUAUUCAAUGAAAUCCAGGGAGAUUGUACAGUUUUGUUUUUUUUUUCUUCAAGAGAGCAGAAAAAAAACAAAAAAAAACACCUGUAGCCAUAAAGGACACAGCAUCGUGUUUAAUCCUGCUAUUAGACACAAUCUGAGUUAGAAGGUCCAGAAAUGAACAAAAUGCAGAAGGUUUUUGUACAUGAGACACUCAACAUGUGCAGAAAAAUGGUUCCGUGGAGAAGCCAUUCGUUUUUGCAAGCCAGAUGUUUUUGGGACGUGAGAUCUGACUUCUGAGUGGAAACAUUAAGAUAUUAGAAUUUAAAAUAUUUGCUCUCAUAUUUUGGAAGAAAAUUUUCCCAGCAAAGGAAGGUGUCAGACACCGAGCCUUUACUUUAUUUAUUUAUAUUUUUUGCAUUAAAUAUUUAAUAUUCAUAGUUAACGCAUGUGGUAAAGAGUUUGUAUGGCUUAGUAACAUCUUUACACUUUUCAAUCUAGUUGCAAAUAUCAAAUUUGAUUCUUGUUUUACCACUUAGAUCACAAAUUAUACAUAUUAUGAUUGAUUAUUUAAUCGGUUGUCAUUCAAGAGAAAGCUAUAGCUAUAUAUUUUACAGAUAUUUUCAUUACCAGAGUUUUGUAAACCAUGCUCAGGGCACCGGUUUGUUUGUGGGGGAGGGUGGGUGUGGAUGCUAAAUGCCCCACUUCCAACGGGGUCAGGAUUCCUCGGUUCUUCAUCGAUACCACAUUCAGAAUCUAAACGGGGUUUCUGGACAGCGUAGUGCCCCUCCGUGUGCCGUAGCACACCGUUAUUUAUGCACUGAUCACUUUGAGCCAAUGACAGCCUAGCUAGGACUGUUACUAAAACACUGACAAGGAUGUCCCGUUUUCUAUACCUAGUCUCUUUCGAGCUUCAUCUAGUCAUUCCCAUGGUGACAGUAACGCCAUGAAUCGUUUUGACGGACAGAUGCUUUGCUAACGUACCCAUAACCCUUGAACAUUUUUACAGUUUGUCACGUUUAAAUUGAGUUAAUAGCUCAUUUUUUCAAUUGGAAUUGAAGGAGAAAGACCAAACAUGGAGUGUUGCAUAAUUGGGAAGCAGCAUAAAAAGGAUAGAAAAACAUUUUAAAGUAUAAUAUAUUCAGCCCCUUUGACUAAACACGUCGUAGAACCACUUUUCACUUCAGUUACAGUUCCUUGGACUUCAUAAUGUUCACUGAUGUUCUCUAGCAAACCUCUGAGAACUUCAAGAAACAGAUUUAAAUUGCACACAUUGGACUCAGCCGAAAAGAACACAUACUACAUUUGUCACAUUUUUAUUUUCAUAAAAAAUGUGAAAGUUGUGUAUUGCUCAGUGGUGUAGCCAGAAAUUUCUUUUUGGACGGUCUAAUAAAAAAUGAGAUCCCAAAGGAAAAUUAAAUGUUGUAACUCCUAUUAGUUCAAAUCCUUCAGAGUUAUUGUAGGUUGUGGCUUAUGUAUUUAAAUUUAUUAAUGUGGUGUGACAAAUUUAUUAUUGUAGUCUUUCAAUCUAAUUGUAAUCCACAUCAUAUUAUCAUCAAUCUCUGCAGUCACCAAGUUUUGAAAUCCUGUUAACUUGUGACGACUGAAGUGAUCAGAAGUUGGCAAGACUUUCUAAACGUUACCUGAUCCUGCAAACACUCCCGUCAGGAGAACAGUCCCUCUGCAGUGGUUCAGCAUUCCAAGGCUUGUAGUGGAACCAAUGGAUUUUUCAGUCACUGUUCAAAAAAAAAAAAAACUUUUCAAAGAUAGUGGAUAUUGGGAAAAUGAUUAAAAUUUAAUCUCUUUAUAAUCUCUAAACGUAUCUACCUCAGUGAUGUUGCAUGAACAUCGCAUGUCUGGCCCACAAUGCAUUGCGAACAGCCUUCCAGCCCUGCUACCUUAGCUUGACGCACUCACCAAAACCGUGGUGUGGUUGUGUUUAAAUCUUUGUUUCUAGUUUGGGAAUUCUAUGGCAUAUUAACAUUUUACUCAGUGAUGGAGCCAGAAAUCUUUUCUGCCAAGCCUUAAAAAAAUGGGUGGGCCACAUAAAUGGAAAUGGAGUAUAUUUGUAAGUUCCACUUUUGUGUCAAUAGAUUAAUAAAAACUAAAGCGGUAUACUUUUUCGUUGUCAGCCAAAAUGGCGGACAACAAAAAAGUAUUUAAAAAAAUCCUGUCAAUUUUAUCUCAGUUAUUGAUAAUAUUUAGUUGCACUUCAUUGUUUAAUAUUUAAACAAGCUGAAGAUGUAACUUUUUCUCUUCAGUGAUACAAUUUUCAACUCACUGAACCUUUCGCCAGUUGAAGUGAUCAUUAGUUGGCUAAACUUUCUGAACGUUACCUGAUCCCGCAAACAGUCCUCUCAGCAAAUGUUCCUGUAGCACUGAGGUACCUGAGCUAGAUGCACCAAACCUCUCACCAAACCAGAACUCUUCAACGCGCCGCCGUCAGCUCUCAGAUGGCGUCCAGAUGAGAGAUGUACAGAGAACGGAGCCGGUAAGGGGAAAUGAUUCUGACUUUCUCUCUCCAAACCUUGCGAAAGUUUCUCGAGAUCUUCCCAAAGUCUUCUGAGAUCCUGCGAAAUAUUUUAAAAAAAAUCUGAGACCCAUCAUAAUCUGUGAUGGGUCUCAUAAAAUGAAGCAAUUUCAUAUUUCUCUGCACGACUUAAAGAUAAAAACUUGUAUUGUGUUUAGAAUCAUUUAUUAAACGCUUAUUGAUUUAUUAGAUGGCCUCAGUGGGUUUCUACAUGGGCAAUCAACAAAAAAAUACAAAAUAACCCCUUAUGUUUCUCCUGUUAAUGCUAACCAUUAACAGGAUGCUCUGAAGCUUCUUGGUUAGCAUAAAGAAGCUCCUGUAUAACAGGAACUUGAUACAUUUUCACAGGAACAUUUGCAGGAUCUGGAGAAAGUAAGUCGGGAUGAUUUCUUUUCUUCCCAUGUCCUCUUACAGGCUGCAUAUUGAUGAUAAAUUGAUGGAAGUUUUUUGUGUGUAAAGUUGAAGGUGUUUGUGCGUCAGCACCAAGAGGUGAGGUGUGUGUAAAUUGACAAAAUGAAAAUGCCAUAAGAUUUCUUUUUGUCACCAUUUGAAAAAAACAAAACAAAAUAAAAAACAGUCUGAACAUUUUUUUUUUUUCAACAGAGAUGAAAAAAAGAGAAUUCUAAAAUAUGAAUUUAUAAUUUGGAAAAAUUACAACGCACACAACUCCUUAGUACAGACCAAAGACUGUUUCAAGUCUAUGCACAAAGAACGUUGUAGAGGUAACUGAUUCAAUCAAUAAAAUAAUAAUAAAAAUCCAUCUAAUUAUCAUCUCUGACCUUGAAAGCAUCUCGCUCCACCACGGUUCUCAAUCACCCUAAUUUACGGUGCCGUUCGCUCCACUCUGCUGUGGACCCCGGGGAUCCGAGAAGCAAAAUUAAAAGAAAACAAUAAUUCAAUAAUAUGCACAAGUCUAUGCACAAAAAAAGCCAAUGAUAAAUGGGACUGAUGAUGUCAUUUACUGUCGUUCUCAACUUUCAAAAUUAACAUGUUUUCCUCCAUCACUCUCUCAUUUUGUCUGCCUUGUCUGAUGUUGCUGCUGCAAUUUGAGCGGGAAAACUUUGGACAUGAGGCUUUGGAGUGUGUUUGGUGAAGGAGAGCAUUCUGUGGGAUUUCCUCCUGCUGACUCUCAUUCAGAGAACGAUACCGACUUCUGAUCAAUUCACACAGUGAAAUGUUCUCUGGUUUCAAAAAGUCAGUGACCAGCCUGCUGUCUGCUCAACACAUAAACCCCCCAAUCAAACACAGAGUUGUUUUUUUUAAAGGAGGUUAAAAAAAUGUGAAAAAGUUCAAGGUGACUUCGAAGGUACAUUAAGAGUAAUGAAUACCUGUCUCUAUGCUCACCCUGUUUAUAGGUUUAUUCCACUUAUUAAAGCUGCACAAAAACAAAGUGCAGAAAAAGAUGUUCAUUAUUUCUAUAAAUCAGACAAAUCCUUAUGAAUGGAAAAAAAAAACAUUUUAAAGGCAAAAUUUCCUUGAAUGUAAAAUAAGUGUGUUUUUGUACUUUAUAUAGAAAAUAUUUAUUUUUAUAUGUAAUUAUCUAAACAUUGUUCUUGCAAUGCUCAUUCCAGAUUUUGUUAAAUAAGUGGUAAAAUAAAGAACGUCAGGCCAAUAUUUAUACAUCAACAUUAUGAAUAUUUUUCAAGGUUUGUUAAAAACAGUGGAAAUUUGUGAUGAUAGAAACAAAACUGGUUUUUAUUUUAUUAAAUUAGAAGCAUUUUUAAAUGUCAUUACAUGAUUAUUAUUAAAGUCUCAUAAGUUAAAAUGUCGUGAUACAGAUUUUGGCUUUUUGAGAUUUUAUCUUGUUUUUUUUCUUUAUUUCUUAUUGUAGUUUUAUUGUAAUGUCACCCUCACACUGUACAGAUAAAAUGUGUACAUGUACUAAAAACUUUGACAAGACAAAAAAAAAAAAAAAAAUCAUAACAUAAUAAAGGCAAUCUAACACGAA